AUGCCGUCUGAAAUUAGCCCCGCAACGGCCUCACUCAUCCCGUUCCAGUCUCUCCUCUGUCGGUGUGCAUCUGUCGCUCUCACUCUCGCUCUCACCCUCAUUCUCACCCUUGCUCUCGCUUAUGUACAUCAGCAUGUAGACAGAGAAGCAUCGAGAAGCAGGCCUCGGAAUUGCAGGAGCCCAGCAAUCAAGGCGUCCGUCUGCAGCCUCCCCUCUUCCUGCAAAGGGGGAGAUCGACGACGUGGAAGCAUUAAUCUCGGUGCCAAACAGAAAUCUAGUCACUGCCAGACUGAACGGGCUGCUCGGCGCCCCAACGGACAUGCACACGAGGCCAAGUCUCGUGGCUUGUUGCCGCGUGGAGGCGAGAGCACGACCGCCAAUGUUGCUCUCUUUCGGAUACCGAUCAUGCUCACAAUGGUGGUGGUGGUGGUGGUGGUCGUCGUCGUCGUCAUCGUCAUCGUCGUGAUAGUGGAACUAGAGACGUUGGUGAUGAUGUUGGCGGCAGUGCAGACGAAGAUAGAAGUAGUGGUGCUGAGGCUGGAGAUGAAGUAA